AUCUUCUAAGUUUAACAACACGCAAGUUUGUGAUCAAACAUGCCGCCAAACGGUUCUCAUAAAACGACCAAAGAAUCUUCAUUGAGAAACUUAUCAAAGAACAUCUCCGCGGAAAACAAAAAUGUUGCAACAAAUAACAACGGGAUCUCAAGCAACAAAACUAACACCAAGUACAACUGCAAAGUGAGAAACAGAGAAUGGAGUAGUAUUAGCGUCGGUGAUUUGUAUCGACCUGUGAAGCCAGCUUCCAGUAAGUUUCUUCAGAAGCGAUGGGAUGAAACAAUGUUGGAUACCCAUCACAAGAGAAUACUUGGUGUGAAACACGUCGUAGAUACGCGUCCACCGAGAAUUCAUCUUCAUCUCAUUCUCAGUCUUAAAAAGCUGCAAAUGAAAGAAGAUGAUAAUAGGAAAGUUGAAUAUGAGAACAUGAACAUGCUGAAGAAGAUAAUUGACAUCCAAGCGAAUGGUGGCUUCGUUGACAACCACAACAAAUAUUGCUUCAAGAAAUCGCGGACGAUGUCUGAAGAAAUGUCGGCGAUGAUGAGGCGAGACCAGCUGAUUCUGCAGAGGAUGGUCAACCAGACACCUCACUACCUCUUCCAAUGCAACACUCCAUCACCGGAGAACCUUCUAACGUUAAAAACCAGACGGCCCUUCCAAUCGUGGACAAUGUUAAAAUAAGAAGAAAUUGUUUUGUGAUGCAAAACAUCACCAACGAGCCUUGCUUACCGUUUAUAGUAUUUUCUGAACAUAUGGUAAAUAUUAACAUUAUUUACAGCGUUAAAUUAAAAGAUCAGGCGAACAUUAACAAGGCAGAUUAAGUUGAUUAGAUCUAGAUCUAUCUGUAUCGAAAUAAUUCUUUCGUUUUCAAGUAAAGUCGAGAAAUGUGCAGAAGCUUUACAUUUAUAUUAUAAUAAGGUUUCAAAAAUUAUUUCGAUUUUUAAUUAGACGAAAGUAAAUAUCUUAGUUUUCGUAGUUGUACGCAAGAAUAAUGAAUAAAUAAUUAUAAUUAGCAUAAUUUCCUAAUAUUUUAUUGUCCAAUAAAAAACAUUCACUGCAUCACUUGCAAGCAUCUAAUUUAAUUGUACAUGUGGCGAGAAUGUAUAAAGGGUGAACAAUGUAUAUACAUUGCACAUACAUAACACACAGAUUCAUGUAAGAAUCAUAACGUACGUAGUUAAUCAAUAUUUAUUCGCUUAUUAAUAAUUGAUCGUCGGUAUGAUUGAGUUUUUAAUUAUGGACAUAUGAAGGAAAGCUUCAUCAUUUGGAGGGUACAACAUGACGUCAUGUCAUACGUACGUUCCAAUGCAGUAAAGUUCGUGACGUGUUAAUGUAAAUAUAAUAUUUGAUAAACAGAAAAGCCUAGUUGAUAUUUUUCAGAUAAGCGCCAUUAAAUAAGGACGCAGUAUAUAUAUAUAUAUAUAUAUAUAUAUAUAUAUAUAUAUAUAACGUAAAUGAAGAUGAAACAAAUAUGAGAAAAUAAUUCAUUUGAAUAUACGAUAUAUAUAUACAUAUAUAUAUAUUUGGAAACAAAAAAAUACAUCGUA